CUCUGCCACUUCGUUUUCUAGCGCCUCACCCAGUUCUUGCACUCCCUCUCAAAAAAAGUCUCCAUUUGCAAAACCUCAAUAUCGACACCCGUCCUCCUUAAUCUCCUCUCCCUCUCAAUUGCAAUCUGAUUGCAAUUGGUUUUUCCUUUUAUUUCGGAGGACUAGAUAUCCCUCUUUAAUAUGUUUCGUAACGCCCUCAGACAGUCCACGCGCGCCGUGAGCGCAAUCUCUGCCUCGGGUAGAGUCGUUGCGACACGAAAUGCCGCACCUGCCGCCUUCAACAUCCAGGCCCGAUCCUACGCCGAUGCGAAAGCUGCACCCACAGAGGUCUCUUCCAUUCUUGAGCAGAGAAUUCGUGGUGUACAAGAGGAAUCUAGCUUAGCUGAGACUGGUCGUGUCCUCUCCGUCGGUGAUGGUAUCGCGCGUGUGCACGGUAUGGCCAAUGUCCAGGCCGAAGAGCUCGUCGAGUUCGCUUCCGGUGUGAAGGGAAUGUGCAUGAACUUGGAAGCUGGUCAAGUUGGUGUUGUGCUUUUCGGUUCUGACCGUCUCGUCAAGGAGGGUGAAACCGUUAAGCGUACCGGAGAAAUUGUCGAUGUCCCCGUCGGCCCGGAACUACUUGGUCGUGUCGUCGACGCUCUGGGUAACCCCAUCGAUGGCAAGGGCCCCCUCAACACCAAGGAGAAGCGCCGUGCUCAGCUCAAGGCCCCUGGUAUCUUACCCCGACAAUCCGUCAACCAGCCCGUCCAGACUGGACUCAAGUCCGUCGAUGCCAUGGUGCCCAUUGGCCGUGGUCAGCGUGAGUUGAUCAUUGGUGAUCGUCAGACCGGAAAGACUGCCGUCGCCCUCGACGCCAUGCUCAACCAGAAGCGAUGGAACAAUUCUAACGACGAGACCAAGAAGCUCUACUGUAUCUACGUCGCCGUUGGUCAGAAGCGAUCUACUGUUGCCCAGCUCGUCAAGACCCUUGAGGAGAACGACGCCAUGAAGUACUCCAUCAUCGUCGCUGCUACUGCUUCCGAAGCCGCUCCUCUGCAGUAUAUUGCUCCUUUCACCGGUGCCUCGAUCGGCGAGUGGUUCCGUGACAACGGCAAGCACUCCCUCGUUAUCUACGACGAUCUGUCCAAGCAAGCCGUCGCUUACCGUCAAAUGUCCCUUCUUCUUCGUCGUCCCCCCGGACGUGAGGCUUACCCCGGUGACGUUUUCUACCUCCACUCCCGUCUGCUGGAGCGUGCUGCCAAGAUGAACGACAAGCUCGGUGGUGGUUCCAUGACUGCUCUGCCCAUCAUUGAGACCCAGGGUGGUGAUGUCUCUGCCUACAUUCCCACCAACGUCAUUUCCAUUACCGACGGCCAGAUCUUCUUGGAGGCUGAACUUUUCUACAAGGGUAUCCGACCUGCGAUCAACGUCGGUCUGUCUGUGUCUCGUGUCGGUUCCGCUGCCCAGCUUAAGGCCAUGAAGCAAGUUGCUGGUUCGCUCAAGCUUUUCUUGGCCCAGUACCGUGAAGUCGCUGCUUUCGCCCAGUUCGGUUCCGAUCUGGAUGCCGCUACCAAGCAGACCCUUAGCCGUGGUGAACGUUUGACGGAGCUUCUCAAGCAGAAGCAAUACUCCCCCAUGGCCGUCAACGAGAUGGUUCCCCUUAUCUUCGCCGGUGUCAACGGUUACCUCGACCAAGUACCCGUGAACAAGGUUCUACAGUGGGAGACCGAUUUCUUGGCUCACCUGAAGACGAGCGAGUCUGACCUGCUCGCUACCAUCGACAAGGAGGGUGCUAUCAGCAAGGACCUCGAGCAAAGAUUAAGGGACGUCGUUUCCGCUUUCACCAAGAGCUUUCUUGCUUAAAUGAAUCAUGAGAUGUCAAGCGGGAGGGGAACUAUCUAUACCUUAAGGGCCUUUGAUGGCGGAUCAUGUUUCGUUUAGAGAGGUACAUUAUUUAAGGGUGCCGAUUAGUGAGGAUACGGGUUAGAGCUGGAAUCACUCCAUCUCCAAACCCCUGUAAAAUAGAGCCAAAAACUCAAGAGCACUCGAUUCCUUUGUCUUGAAACUUGUCCUAAGCUAUUUUUACGUCCCCUAUAAAAUAUUCCAGAGGUAAAAACUAAGAUCCCAAGGUUGCAAUAAGCUAGAGUCCCGAAGUGGUCCCUGGUGAC